ACGAGUUGACUACAGUCACUCAUUCUGACAACAAAGUUACAGCAUUUUCCCAUUCCUUUUGUUUGUUUGAGUCAUGUGAGGGGACCUGUAAUGUCCACAGAGCAGGAUAAAGAUUCAUACUCUCUAAAACGAAACCGAGGAGGUGAAGGUGGGCUGGAUAUUUUAGGGGGUCCUGGUCUGCUCCUUGGAAGCCCUGAUAAAAAGAGACGCAAGUCUAGCACACAGGCGCCCCCAUUCUCUCCUCUAUCUGAAUUUGCCCCUCCGUCAAAUCCCAUCUCGGAUCAUUUGAUAGCUGCCAACCCUUUUGAUGACAACUACAACUCGCCAUCCCUGAAGCCACUCCCCCCUGCUAACCCCUAUUUUGGCCACUCCCAUUACCCAGGGUUCAGUGGCUAUGGGCAGCCCAGGAUGCCCGAUAUGCCCAACAGAAUGCCAUUUCCAUACAGCACCCCUUACCAGGUGCGAAACCAGCCCCAUAAUUUCUCUCGGAACCCCAUGAUCACAGGUCUCAACCGGGCACUGGGAUUUAACUACAGGCAUCCUGAGAACUCAAAUUAUGGGCACCAGUUUAGUGGUAGCAUCAACAACAUGCCGCUUCCACCAGGGCAGCACUUUAGACUGGGUUCAGGAGAGAAUGCCAAUCAAAUUCCACUUCAGAACCUGAACCGCAUUCCUGAUGGUGGACCAGGUUUCGGUCAAGAGGGAAACGGUAUGAGUCCUAACCUCUCUCAGCAACAAAAUAGCUUUGCUCAGUCCAACACGCCAACACCCAAACUGGGUGUGAGUGAAACCGUGAACAAAAACACCACACAAAAUCCAUUGCCAAGGAAACAAAACCAGAACUGUGAAGAGAGCGCAGCUCAGGAGCUGAAGAAAAAAGGCAGAGGGAACACACCUGCCACUCUGGACAGAGGUGUCGAAAAACUCAACGGUGUGCUUCACCCCAAUAACGAAGCCUUGAAGAAGUCACCGCAACCUUCUGUUGAUGCACAAGUGGAGAGAGUUCGUAGGGGCAGCUGCGACAUUACUAGUGCUUUGACCAAUAAUAAAGUCCUGAACCACCCUAAAAGACGGAGCAAGUUGUCUUCGUCCGAGCCCGUAUACCCAUGCGGCAUCUGCCUGACCGACGUUAACGAUGAUCAAGAAGCCAUUUUGUGCGAGGCUUCAUGUCAGAAAUGGUUCCACAGAGAUUGCACAGGGAUGACUGAGACGGCGUACAACCUGCUAACGGCAGAGACGUCUGCGGUUUGGGGUUGCGACUCUUGCAUGGAAGACAAGGGAGCACAACUGCUCAAAACCCGAGAGGUACAUGUGCCGCCUUCGGUUACCAGCGAGGCACAAUCAUGAGAUGACUUCCAGUCCAAAUCAAUUGUUUCUCUUCUAUUUGAACCGAGUUCCAAAAAUUUUCUGAUCCUCCGGUCUGAAUUAGGGGCUGUUCAGUCCAAAUGUGUUCUUGCAUUACAAAAGUUAGAUGCAGCACAAUGAAUACAACAGAACGCAGCUGUCUUAAAAAGCAUUUUUAAAAGUUGAAGAUCUCUUUAACUUGAAACAGCAUAAAAAAACAUGAUGCUCCAGCAUGAGAUGUGGCACAACAACAAUAAAUACGUCUGUCUAGCGCAUGUUUAUGUAGAAAAACAAAGCAGAUGGAUGCAAAAAUGCUUACGAUGUGAAAAGCCCCUAAGGUUUGAUUAAAUGUUUCAUCCCAAAAUGAAAGUUCUAUCAUCAUUUAAUCACCUCUAUGUUGUUCCAGACCUGUAUGACUUUCUUUCUUCUACAGAACACAAAAGGAGUUGUAAGUUAGAAGGUUCAUGCUGCUCUUGUCCGUUCAAUGAAAGCAUCAAGACGCAUUGCACAUCAGUGACGCCAAACGUCAUGAGUCUCGUAACCAACAUGACAUAGCAAGUAUACAGAUGUUUCAGAUGUUAUUCACUGUGUACAGUGAAUAACCUCUAAAAUGUUCAUCUGUUGCUCACACAAAGCUAUAUCUGUUGAAAAUAUGGAAUAUUAAGCACUUAAAGAUGGACUACUUUUAUGGUUUUUAGUCUUUUUGGGGGCUUGAAAGAUGUGGUCACUGAAUGCUUUUGUUGAAAAAUAGCAGCGUGAUCAUUUGGAAAAAUAUCUCCUGGUGUUUCACGGAAGACAGAAUGUCAUACAGUAUUGUGUUUCCCAAAAGCAUCAUUAGCCAACUAUGGGCGCAAGUUUUAUCGUUACCAACAUAGUUCAACGAUUUGAUGUUUCCCGGAUUUGUAGUUCCAAUGAACACAAGUUGUGUUGUUGGAUCUACAGCUUUUCACCUGUGGAUAGAAGCAGAGUUCCUUGUUAGUUUGCUGUGUGGACAUAAUUUUGCUUCUCUGAGGCUACUAUAUCUUUAAUUCCAAAUAUAUCUUUCGAUCUCUCAAGACUUUGACCACAUUUACAUGCAUUUAAGAAAAAAUGUAUUCCGGGGUUUUGCAACAGUUGUUCUGAUACAUAUGUAAACGUGAGUGCAGCUGUUUAAGGGAUGCAGCUGGAAAGGCUGUUGAGAGAAAGAGCUUUAUCAUACACGGUUUCUGGUGGGAACGUGACUUUUAUAUGUGUAUGUUAACGCAUAAGUGCCGUUAAUAUGUUUUUGAAGAGUGCGCAUGUGUGUAUAUCUCUUUGUCUCUCUCCACUGGCUGCCGGUUCAUGCACAUAUUAAAUUCAAGGCCCUGAUGCUGGCAUAUAAAACAGUCACUGGGUCUGCUCCAGCAUACCUAAAAACAUUUAUGCAGAGCUACGUUCCCACCAGAAGCCUGCGGUCGGCUAAGGAACGUCACCUUGUCGUACCAAAACAAAGAGGCACCAAAACACUUUCCCGGACUUUCAGUUUCAUCAUACCACGGUGGUGGAAUGACCUUCCCAACUCAAUCCGGGAAGCUAACUCACUCUCUAUCUUCAAAAAACGGCUAAAAACACAUCUUUUCCAAAAGCACUUAACCGGUCACUAAAAAAACUAACAAAAUACAAAAAAAAAAAAAAAUGUAUUUACAUUUCUUGUUGCACUUAAAUCUGUUUUGUAUACUAUUCUGAUGAUAGUGAAACUUUGUAAUAUGGCACUUUUUGUACCACUGUCUCCCUAAGAUGAUUCGCUGAUGUUCUUCCUCUUUUGUAAGUCGCUUUGGAUAAAAGCGUCUGCCAAAUGAAUAAAUGUAAAUGUAAAUGUGUAUAUGCUCAAGGGUGUCAUAGGAACACUGAAGUGUAAUAUAUAGGGAAACCCCAAUAUUGCAGAGCAAUGCAUGUGUCACAUUACAAAGUGCAUGCAGCUUUCAAGUCUUCAGCAGCUUUCUCACAUUAAAGGCUUUAUGUGUAAAUGAGCUGUUAUAUUUUAAUAUUUGUGGAAGUUAUUAGCCAUCCCCCCUAUGGGGGAAGCUACAAACACUUUAUUUUUUAUAAUGGUUGUGUUUUUUUAUUAGUAGUAUUAUUAUUAUUUUUCUAUUCUGUUGUCUUACGAAUUUGCCUUUAUUAACUGUAAAUCUUACAGUGUCUAUCCAAGUUUCAUACAGCUCCAACAACUCUAAAUAUAACAAGCAUCUUUUCAUUCUCUUUAUCCAGAAACGUGCUCUACUUUUAAGCAGGUGAAUCGGAAAACUCUGCAACUGGAAAUAAUCUACAAGAUUUUUAACAUGGUUGGGUCUUUCCCAUUGAAUGUUGCUGUUGUUUUAGACUGUAGACUAUUAUCGGACCAGUGUCCAGAGAACCAACUCGUGUAACUGCCGAUGGUGAUCUGUAACAGCAUUUAGAUUUAGUGUGUGCUGUAUUGCACUUUUCGUUGCUUUGGAAUAUUUGCAUACUGAACAAAUGAAUCUUGAAGUAGCAGCAGAGCUACAAGUUUGAACAAGUAUGGAGGGGGUUAAAACUAAAAUAUAUUAAACGAUAUGAAACUAAAAUCGUUUUAUUUUAGGGCAAGACAGGGGAGGUUUGUUACUUGAAGGCCUUAUUUCUGGACAUGAUUCAUUAAAUAGCAUGCAAAUAUAUUUAUGCAACCAAAAACCUGUGUAGAUCAGCCCUUUUGACCAUCUGUCUCUGAAAUUUAAUCAGAGUUAAUUAAUUCAAAUAUUAAUAAUAUACUUAUUUCAUAGUACAGAAUGAGGGAGGAUUUUUGCAUAACAGUAAAAAGAUAGACCUUAUUCAAGCUAUCGCCAUCUUUGAUUUUUAAUGGGAAUGACAACGAGGCUGUGAGGAAUAUUCUUAUCUCAUCAAUGGCACCAGCGUUAUAAAGCUCCUAGAUCACAUCUGAUUUUCCACAAUUCAUGUUGUCUGGAGUUCUUUGUUUACUGAAUGUUCUUGGACAGAUAUUUUAUCAAUGUUCUGUCCAAGGAAAAAUCCAAAAACACUUUAAACUGCAGUACGCCCCAUUGAAAAGACUAUACGUCUAUCCCUCACAGCAUCUUUGUCAUUCAAAAUCAAAGAUGGCGCUAGCGUGAGAAUGAGAAUGAGGUCUAUGGGGAGGGGGCACUUAAUUCUCAUUAUAAUAAUGUCAAAAUGCAAAAACUCUUGUCUGGUGUCCCACAAAAUGUCCUAAAAAUAUGCUUAAUUGACCUGAAUGAAAUGUGACCUGAACGUGUUUCCCUGAGAUUCAUGUAUCACCUCAAAUGUAUUCACUUUUCACUUUUUAGACUCAUUAGAAACAGAAUCCAGCUACAUUCAUGAUGAAUAUAGUUUGGAUUUGGUAUGGUAACAUGUUACAAUAAUGUGUUACAUUGUUUUGUGUGUCUUUUAACUUAGAGAGUGGGAAACGUGACAUAGUGCAAUGCAGUCCUGCUCUCUUCCAUUUGAUUGUCCAAAUGUGUCCACACGUUUUGCCCUGAAGAUGUUGUUGUGUUGGGUAUUACGUGUUUACACACUUUAACAGAUUAAUUAUAUUGUAACAGUGCCAAUCACAAAAGAAAACAUUAUGCUGAAUAUUUGAUUUCUAUCCCCCAAUUGUUAUAUAAGAUAAGCCUGUAAAUUCUGUGUAUUAAAAAGGCACUUUAACGUUUUGUGGAGCUGAACUCUUGAUGAUAAUCUGAAACUACCACUGUGUGUGGAUUGUGCAGUAAUAAUAUAUCUGAGGGACAUAAUGUUUCUUUCAAAAUAAUGUAGGGACAAUUACUGUGUAAUUGGCCACAUUUGACUGUUGAUUGACCCCUGUGCCUUACAUUGUUUCAUCUUGCAUUGUUUUUAUUGUAUUUUGUAUUAGAUGGUUAUAUACUGAACAGUUAGUAAUGUGCAGGUAAUUGUCUGCCCACUUUUUUAUAACAAAUUUUAUAACAGAACAAUGAAUGUACAGAGCCAAUAAACUGUAAAUAAUGAAGAAUAAGAAGUGUUAAACAAGAAUACUUGUGACAUUCUCUAAUUCAAGCUGGUACCGUUCAUGCAGACAGUUUCUGAAUGUAAAUUAAAGUCGUCUUAUGUGUGUUAUGAUAACUCAUAUUUCUCUGUGAACAACAGCCUCUUUUAAUAGAGAGACCUGGGCAAAGCCAAUGUUCAAGUGUCUUGUUUUGGUGUCACUUCACACUGUACUUUUAAUAAA